AGUGGAGGUAGGCGGGUGGAAGAGGUAAAUAUCAUAUCAAUAUUUCAGAUGAUUAAUAAUUACAUAUAUAUAUAUAUAUAUAAAGUUAUCUUGUUCUAAGAAGGGACCAUCAUAGCAAUCUAUAAUAGCUAGAAUGAAAUAUAUGAUUGAAUCAGUUGUAUAGAGCUCUAGUAUCAUUUAAUGUAUUACAAAGCUUUUUAUUCGCCUGUAAAUCAAUCCAUGCUGUUGCAUGAAAGUAACUACAUUGGCGACAUCUUUCUUCAGUAACGAACCUUAUAUUGUAUACAUCAGUACGUUUGUUAAAGAAAAACUUAUAUUAAAAUUUAAUACUUUCUAAAAUAUUAAAUAAUUACAAGACAACAUACAUAGUACUAUCAUGAAUCAGUAAUUAACAUAACUAUUUUGUUACACUUCAAUUAAACAUAUAGUUGCAUGAAUACACAGUAGCUAGUAGAAAGCUUUAAAUUCUAUAUCCCCCUUACAUUUUAGAUAGCUGGGGGAGAAUGGGUGGAAUCUAAUACCAACCACAUCAACUGUGCAUUGAUGAUCCAUCGCCUUAUUAACAACAACAGAAGUAUCAGCCGAGACUUUGAGAACUCUGCAUUACUUACUAGCACUAGUUUCUCAGAUGAUAGAACCUACGGAUGGCGUGUUGAAUGCCUGACCUUGGAUGCCAUGAGCCAUAACUGAGAUGCUGGAUAUCCAAAUUGGGUUGCCAGAAGUCUUACCUAGGGUGCUACAAACCUUACCUGAGAUGGCAGAGGUCCUACUUUGUAUGCUGCAAGUCCGAUGUGGAAUGUCAGAAGUCUCGCCUUGGAUGCUGAAAACCUUUCAUCGGAUGCCAGAAUCGUUACAGAGUAUGCUGGAAAGCGAAGUAGGAUGUCAGAGGUCUUAACUAGGGUUUUGGAACGCUUAUCUGGAACGCUAGAGAUAUGUCAGAAGAAUCAUCUUGGAUGCUAAUACCGUAGAUAAUGUUUUCGAAAAUUCAUAUCAAAUCAAACAAUAGCACUGAAAAGCAAAACAGAUGUUAAAAGGAGCUGUCUGUAACUAAAAGCAUUUAAAAAGAAACAAAAAGAAAUUAAAAUAAAAUAAUACCAAAUUAAACAAAAACGAAAUGUAUUUUAGAGUCCGAUAUUAUUUAUAUUUUGAGGGUGAGUGUGGGUGUGAGUAACUCUUGUCUCUAUCCACACCCACACCCACACCCUCUUAGAACUUGGUGUCAUUUUAAGGACUGCCCGUAGUCUUAUCCCUUCGAUGAAGAAAAAGAUUCAUUCAGUAAAGAUUGACUGAACGUGAUUUUAUUGUUCUAAUGGGAAAAUAUCGAAUAAAUCUAGGCACAGACACAACUCAUAGUGAACAUUAUAGCAAAAAUGAAUUCAUGUGAGUUUAUAAGAAGGUUAUAAUGAAAUGUUGUGUGCUCUAUUCAAACUGCAUCUGUGUAUUGAACUUCAGAAUCUACUAAUAAAAGUGAUCUCGUGCCGCAUAUUAUACAUUACUCUAUAUCAGCGUUUCGAGAUUUGAGAUUCAUAUCGAUAAAUAAAAUCAUUUGGCGCUUUGAUAGAUUCAUUCAAUGAAUGAUCUAGUAAAUGACUAAACUAAUUGCAGAUCAAUUAUCUGAAUGUAUGAAUAUUACCAAUGCGAUAUUUUAGAGACCAAUGCUGAUUAUGAAAUCACAGAUAAAAUUAUUGGCCGUCUAUUAUCUGAUAUUCAUUGUAUAUCAAUUAAAUUACCACCAGUAGUUGAAAUGCAACUUCGAAAUAGUCGACUUCUUCAAGAUAUGAUUCAUAAUUACAGACAUCAUGAACGAUAUUUAAAUUUAUUAAAGAAAAAAAUGUCAUCUGCAAUAAAAUCAAUAGACGACGAAGAAGAAGAUAUUCUAAUGAUUGAAGCUAAAUCAUUAUGCCACAUGGAAUCAAAUGAUACAUAUGAUUCGUCAUCAGUUAUGAUUCCAGAAAAUCAAGCAAGUCUGACAAAAUCAAUGAAAAGAAUUCAUCAACAGCAUGAAAAUCAAUCUCAUAAAAACACCAACCCAUUACUCGAUAAAAUAAAAGCUCUACUGAAAUUUAUAAUCCAUGAAGAAGUUACUUACGAAUAUUUACAAAAUGAAAUAAAAAUAACUAAUGAGCAAAAUCAGUCAAAACAAUUAAGAACAAAAAGAAAAAAGAAAAAUCGAACAAUUCAAAUACUACCCUACGAAAAUACAUAUAACGAAUUUUAUUAUCCCGAUCAUUUUAUAUCAAUCGAACAAACAAUGAUCGACAAAAUUGUGAAUGGUGUACAAGCAAUGGCAACAUCAUUGACUAAUAGAAAAGAUAUUGAAAAUGUUUUAAAUGGUAUUGUCAUGCUAGCUGAUCAAUCGACAUCUCCAGCCGAUGAACUCAUGAGUACCAUACAAAAACGUACUCUGGCAGAAAAGCAAGGCUACACAAAUAAUCGCGAACGACUUCGAGUUCGUAUGGCAUUAGACUUAAUUUUAGUUGAUAAUCGUUUAACUGGCAAAAGUACAGGUGGCCCACCAGAAUCAAUUAUUUUAUCUCGCAUGAUUCAGAAAAUCUCGCUCUGUACGCAAACAAGAACUCUGUGUUCGUAUGGUGAUGUGAUUACAAUAAUAAAUGAUUCUAAUUAUCAUCAAAUACGUUUACGUACAUGUACAAGAAUGUCUUUAUCGUCGGAUGAAUUUAUUGAAAUUCUCGGUGAGAUGUAUCAUACGUCGUAUGAUACAAUUGAAAGCAUGAAAUACUAUUUAGAUGCAAAUGAUAUUAUUGAUCUCGAUACAAAUCUUAUUUAUUCAUCAAUGUUAACAGCAAAUCAAAUAGACGAUAUGAUUAAAUAUAUUGUACGUGAAGAUGCUAUUAGACAAUUAUUGAAAUUAAUUUUUGAUCGAGCACGUAAUAGUGAUAGUUAUAUGAAUAAUGAACAAAUACAAUUUAAAUUAAUACUUCCUAUGAAAUUAAAUGAAUUAUAUCAAACAGUUAAGAAAUUAAAUGCUUUUAUGUCUACAAGUCAAGUGAUGGCAACGCUUAGAAAACCCUACCUAUCACAACUAGAAAAAAGAUCAAAAACAAAACCAAUCACUGUCAACGAUCUACGUGCUAUAAUAUCUCAAAUAUGGUUAACACAGGAGAAUACAAAUACAUUGAUAGCAGAAAAAACGAUGACGAUAGAAACAUUAUCUCAAUUCUAUAUUGAUUUUCAUGCAAUCGAAGAUAUUGAUGAUCGUUUAAAUAAAAUUUGUAAAAAAAUUCAACAGCAUUUGAAUUUACAUAGUUGUACAACACGUGUAGUACUUAAAAUGAUUGCUGAACAUUCACAUGGCACCAUAUUGAAACCAUUCCUCAAUGAAUUUAAUAGAGCUCCUCGUUUUGUAUCUAUUGUUGAUAUAUUUGAUGAUUUAAUAUCAUCUGGUUUUAUAUCAACAACUGAACUUCUUGUUUAUUCAAGACAAGAUAUUAUUAUUAAAAAAUCGUCUCUAUUGAAACACUUUGAAUCUAUAGCAUUUUUUCACAAACGUGAUGCAGAUUUACUUGCUGAAAUAACUUUAAUUAUGCGUGAAGAUGAUUUAAUUGAAUAUUUAACACAACGGGCUAAGACAAUCAAAGAAACGUAUAUUAAUUCUAUAUUAAAUAAUGAUGAACGUCGAGAUUUUAUUACAAAAAAUCUUAUUGAAUCUAAAAAUAGAUUAUCAUCGUUGUCGAUUCAUGAAUUUAUUCGUUAUUUUAAUUUGGAUCCAAAUUGUGGUAAAAUAUUCUAUUGGAUGGGUUUAACAGAUGAAAAUAUAGUCAAAACAUUAAUUGAAAUAAAAACGUUCGUCAAUGAAUAUACAUUGGACGGAAUUUAUAACAAUUUUCUAAUGCGACUUCAUGAUACAUUAGAAUCGGAUAGCUAUUACAUAUCUCCGGAAUAUUUAACAAUGAAAAAUCUGCAUCAAAUUAUUACUGAACAUUUUUGUAAACUUGGAUGUUAUUUAACUUAUAAACAAGCUUCUAUUCUUGUUGAUUAUGCUGAUCCAGAAUAUGAACAUGAACUUUUAUCUUUGAUGACCGUACAUGAUAUUAUUCCGCGGGAACAUUUAAAAAGUCUAUUGAAAUCCAGUAAUCGCGAAGUUAAUUUCGAUGAUAUGUCGUCAUUAAUUCUUCCCAAACAGCAAGUAAUUGAAUGCAAAACUCUCGUUGAUUCGUUUCGUCAACGUAUUAAUUAUCGACAAAAACGUUUUAAACGUAUUGAAAAUUUACAAAAAUUUCUUCUGUCAUCGAUGUUAAUCGAACAAUUCAUCGAAAUGCUGUCCAUUUUAGGUGUAGAAUAUUUUACACCUAUUGAACUUGAUUAUCUUGAAGAUAUUAAACUCAUUGAUAUUGGCAUACUCGCAAUUUUACUGACAUUACCAUCAUAUAAUUCAAGGUUUCAUAAUACACGUGAUCCCUAUCAAAAUGAUCAACAAACUUCUAAUUUAACACCGAAUUAUUUACAUACUCUGGAUCCAGCUAUUGAGAAAUAUUCUAUAUUUUUAACGACAAUUAUUAUUCGAAUUAUUUCAAGGAAAGAACGUUUUGAGCAGAUCAAUGAAAUUCUAUUAUCGAAUUCGGAUUACUAUGUGUCAACAGAGGAAGUGCUUAAAAUUUGUGCAGAUGAACAGAUAUUAACCCAUGAUAAUAUUCAACAGAUUUGUCACGAUAUAUUUCCCACUAUCAAAACACUGGACACAAAUAUUUCAGUAGCAGGAUCAGACUUGCAAGAUACAAGCAGUACAGCUGUUUGUUACACUCGACAUAUAUCAAUGUAUACUGAUGAUUCCGUUCUUCGAAAUAAAAUAGAACAAACAGUGAUAUUAACUAUAUUUGAUUAUAUUCUUCAUUUCAAUCAUCGUACUACGGUGAAUGAACAAUUACGACAAUUAUUCUAUAGAUUUAAACCUGUGGCUUUUUACAAAGCUCAAUUAGUAAUCGAGAAAGAAUUGGCAAUGAUUAAAUUAUUAUUAAAAAUUCGUAAAAAGCAAACACCACCAUUAAGUAUUCAUGAUCUAAAUCGAUAUCUUGAAUCGUAUCCAAUACCAUGUCGAUUAGAUAUCGUCAAUGAAUUACGUCGCAUGAAAGUCAUUUCACAAUCACUUACUAAUGAGUACACCAUGAAUCAAUGUUACGAAUUAAAAUCUAGCACACCGGAAAGUCAAGCAAUUUUUCUUUUUUAUAUGUUGAUUAAAUUAAUUCAAAAAGAAGGUUAUAUUGAUGAAACUAGUAUAAGAGAAAUUCUCAAUCAACAUCAAACAAACCAGGAAAAUGAAAAGUUUAAUAUAAUUUUCAAACAUAUCCUUCGCAAUGGUUUUCUUACCAUUGAACAAAUAAGUCAAUCAGCAAAAGACUUCUUUCUACAAGAUUAUCUUAAUGAAGGUACACUUAAAGGCCAAUCCAAUGAAUAUAAAACAGUUAUUCAAGAACAAUUCUUAACUAAUAUCUUUAAACAAAAAUCGUUAACAAAUGCACAAUUUGAAUUAGCACUGAGCCAAAAUAUGCGUCGUCGUCAAGUGAUACAAACGAAUUUAUUAGGCGAUCAAUUAAAACAUGCUAGAAUAGCAAAAGAAAAAGUUCAACGAAAAGUUGAUCAUGUUCUUUUAAAAACCGAUGAAAAUCCACAACCAAAUUCUAAAACAGCAUCUCGUUUGACCUAUGAUCUAAGCAUUGAAUCCUCGCCGAAUCUACGUUCCCUACGUCAUAAUUAUAUCCAAGCAAGAAUACCUCGAAAUCAAUUACAUUUACUAGUUGAACAAGGUGGCUGGAGUCGAAAUAUCUAUCUUGAAUUUAAACGUGAACUUCAUAUUAUCGAUUCAGAUAAUUCAUUAGAUCUCAUACGACAUAUUACAAAUAAUAUAUCAUUAUUACUGAAAGAAAAUGGUUCCAUUGCUGACCAACCAUUAAUGAAACAUUUUCAACAGCAUCAAAUUUUGUUUCUUGCUGAUUUCGAAUUAUUGCUUAUUCGUUAUGGUAUGGUUGCAUUAGAAGAUCUUAUAGAUUUGCUGACUGUUAGUAAAUUAGCAAAAGUGAAUGAAAUUAAAUAUUAUGCAAAACCAAUAUUUUGCCUUAAUGUGAACAUAUUCAAAGAGAUUUCUAAAUCCGAAGAAAAUGGUUUAGUGAAGAAAUUUCAUGUGCAAAAUAAUCUAGAAAAUAAAUUAUGUAUAAACCCAGUUGAUCUUUCUCAAUUACUCAACCAUGUUCUUAAACUCGAUCGUCUCAAACGUAUCAUUGGCAUGACGGCAACAAUUAGAAGUUAUCUACGUUUACAUCCAAUAAAUACAUUCAAUGCUCUCAAUGCAUUACAACUUGAAUGCAAGUUUGAUUUUAGUCAUGAUGAUAUGAAAUUUUUACGUGAUUUAAGACUUCUCAAUGAUAUAUGGUAUAAACGAUAUUUGUUAUCGCAAAAGAAUGAAACAGAUCCAAGAGAUACAGAAACAGCGGAAGAAGAACAAAAUCAAUUCAAAUUUCAAUCUCCAAAUGAUGAAGAAUUCGAUCUAGAUUCAUUUAAUGAAGUAUUCGAUACUAGUGAACAACGGAAACAAUCGUAUUUAGAAAAACUCAAGAAACAAAAACUUCAAAUUGAUUCAUUCAAAUCCAAAACAUCUAUUGAUGAAGAUUAUCUUCAAUUGCUCACUGAUCUAGAUGACCUUCAACAACAAGGCAUAAAUAAAGACCAACCACGACUAAUAGAGCAGUUCUUUCCCGAUGCUUCCAUUCUUGGUCCUGAACGACUUGUACCUUAUGUUUCUGAUCAUCAAAACCGAGCUUUUAUAGAAUUAGACUUUGCUCAAGAGCAAAACAUUGAAGAUUAUUACAAACAACAACUCGAUAAUAACCAAGACGAAAAAAAAGAUAUUAAACAACAAACAAAUCAAUAUUCGAAUAUGAUUGAAAAACAGUUGCUUUCGGUCAACAGUCCGGAAGAUCCAUUAUUUCACGAAAUAGAGAAAUUUCACACUGAUGAAAGUCAAUCUUUAGAACGGUCAUCUCUCGGAAAAAACUUCACGCCAGAUUCGAUUCACACAAACAUUCAAUCAUCAAUAACACAUGAUAAUAAUGUGCAAGACAUCGCCGAGCUUCAUCCAGCAUCAGCACGUGAACGUGUAGAAUCAAAACCAAUUAUCUCGAAUACUACUGAAGAUCUUCAACUUAUUUCCCUUGAAUUAUUCCAACAAAUGACAGAAAACGAACAGAUUUCAUUAAAACGAAAUAUCGAACUUCUUCGUCUCAAUGUGAAUCAAUGGCUUCAAUAUAACAAACAAAUAUCGGAUGCUAUUCGAAACAACGAUAAUAAUUAUGAACUAUUGACCAAUCAAUUGAUCGAUUAUUUUCAUAAUGAAUUAGAUUUAUUUCAUAGAAAUGAUUUAAAUAAUUCAAAAUUUAGAAAUAUUUUUCAACAUCGAAUUCAACAUAUAGAAGAUCUCUUAGACGAGAAAAAAAAUCAUCGAGACCUAUUCAAAUAUGUACAUCAUCAAAUCUUAAAUAUUGACUCUGAAAUUAGUAACGAUUUAAUUGAACAAUUCAAUAAAUAUAAAAAUGAUUUUAAUGAAAUUCAAAAACAAGAAUAUUUCAGCAUUCAACCUAUAUGGGCAACAGAUCUUGAAUUAACAAUUCGAACACUCGAUAUGGAUUUACAAUUUAUAGAACAAAUUCUCAAUGGUAAAACAUUAACCGAGAUUAUUCCCGAUAGACCAUCGAUGAUAAUAAAAACAUCUGGGCAAUCUAUGCAACCAAUGCAAUCAGAAAUUUAUAAAGAUUUAACAUUGCUUCGAGAUAAUUUAUUAACAAUUGAAACGAACAUGAAAAAUCGCCAAACAACAAUUAAUGAAGAAAUAAUACCACAAGAUUUACUGAAAGUAGAUCUAUCGGACCGUCUUCAAGUUAUUAAAAAUGAACAUAUAGUACAGAAAACAAACAAAGACAAACUACAAAGUAUAAAAUUGAACAUAGACAAAGUGGCUGGCCUUGAUUCUGAAAAGCUCGAAUUCAUUGAGAAAUUAGAAGAAAUUCAUCAUGCAUUAAAUAUUGAAUCGAAUGAAAUUCAGAAGAACUUAUCAAACAUAACAACUGCUCGUUACUAUUCUAAUCAUCUGAAUUUUCCAUUUAAUGUUAAACUAAAAUAUCUUCCAGUUGAUGAUUCAGGGAAUUUAAUGGAACAACUUUUAUGUCUUGUCGACGAACAAAACAUGCCUAUUUCAGACAAACUCAGCCUGAUGAGAUUACAGAUUGAAUCCGAUCGUUUUCAUAUUUCAAAUGAUAAACAUGAAUUGACAAUUGUCGAUAAAAACGAAAUACCAUUAUGUGAACCGAUUACUUUUAAACAAUUGACAUUGGAAUCGAUUGAAUUCGAAUAUAUUGAUAAUAAUCGACAAGUUGUUCAAAUGAUUGAAGCAUCAUCACGCCAUCCAAUCAAUAGAUCUCUAAGACUAAAUACAAAAGCAGUUGCCUUUGAUAAAUUACCAGCAAGACAAGCAUUAUUUGUUGUCGAUAAUAAUGAUCAAUUAGUGCUAUCGAAACCAAUUCAACUGCUAGAGCAUAUUUCUUCAUCAUUGGAUAUUUCCGACUGUAAUCUUGUUACUUAUUUAUACGACGAAAAAACUGAUGAAAACAGCUUAAUUCCAUCUGAACAAUAUCAAAUUACUAUGCAACAAGCAGAAUUUAUAACGAAAAAAAUUCUAACAUAUAUCGCCGAUAAAGAGAAAACAAUUGUAUCUGAACCUAUCGAACUAUCUGAUACUGGAAUAGAAAUAAGACAUGCAAUUGAAACCAAAAUAUCGAAUAGAUUAGAUUUGUUUGCAAGAAAACGUAAUGAAUUAUUCAAUAAUUUGAAAGCAUCUGAAAAUAAAAAUGAACUUUUAAAAACUAUUUCCGAUGAAUAUGAAUUUAUGAAUGCUUAUAUAGAAGAUCGUUUUGAUAAAUUAAAUAUCGACGAGAAAAUUAUUGAACUUAUUGUACCUAUCCUAGACAAAGAACAUGAUGAUCUAUCAAUAGAUGAAACUGAUUAUAAACGUGAACAAUCGAAUAUGGAUCAUCUUCUUCAGUCAAUGAAAACAUUUUUAGAAUUAGAUGAAAAAUUACUUGAAUAUCGGAAAACUCCAACUAUCGACCCAACAGAAAUGCAAAAGCUUGAAAAUGAUCUUAUGCAUGAAAUAACUAAAAUAUCUAUUGAACUUAAUGAUCCAUUCAUAACGGCACAAGUUGAAAAUCUAACACAAAAUAAUCAACUUAUUGAUGAACUUCGACCUAUUGUUCUUACAGGCAUUAAAAAUCGAGCAAAACUAAUUCAGGAAAAGUUUGAAAGUCUAUUAAUUAAUAUUCAGAACAAAUCUGAUAAAUUAAAAGAAUUGCAACAAGUACGAUUUGAAUACACACAAUUUUUAAAUACGCGAAUUAACGAAGAAAUUGAACGUGAAAAGAAUACAGAAAGUUUGUACGACAAAAUUGAACGAAUGCAAUAUGAUCUGCAUCAAAAAAUGGCUGAUUCAUUGGAAACAAUAAAAAUUGAAGAUCUUCAUAAAGAAAUAAGACACACGUACAACAUAAAUCAAAUGCCAAUGCCUAAUUAUUUGAAAACGAAAAAUGAAAAAUUAAUUUAUAUGUUUAAUUUUAUUCUUCGAUUUCUUCAGAAUAAAUUGAAUAUGAUUGAACAAUAUAGAAAGGAGCUAUUCGAUGAAUUGGAACAAUUUCAGACGAAAUCUAGUGAUAAGGAAAACUUUUAUUCGCAACAGUCAAUCUUUAUUCAAAAUCAACUAAAAAUAAAUAAUCAUAAGAAAUUAUCAAAAUUUAUAAAAAAAUUCAAAAUUUUAUUAAAUAAAAUAGAAACAAUUAAUGUAAAAAAUUUACAAUAUGAUUUUCUCUAUUCAAAAUUUGAUCGGUUAUAUGAAAUACUAGUGAAUAAGUAUCUUAUUAAUCUUCCAGCGAAAACAAAUAUUCGCUCGAUUCGCGAUAUAUUAAGUACGAAUCGGAAAACACUGAAGAAAGAUUUGCAAGAAUUCGAUACAACAAAAAAUGAAUUAUUGCGAAAACUGAAUGUUUUAAAAAAGAAAGAAGAAUUAAAGCAACGUUCAAGAAUAAAGUCGAUCAGUCAAGAAUCUCAGUUGAGCUCAUUAAAUGCCUAUGUACAGCAAUCGAAAAUCGAGCCAUUAAAUAUUCAUCACGAAUUUUAUGCAAUGAAAAUCCAACAAAUUAGCAAUGAUCUAGAUUCUACGCUCGAUAUCAAAACGUACCAUCACUUGGAGAUCUAUCAACAGUUUUUAGAUCAACAAAAAGUCGACAAUGAGAGGAAAUUAAAAUAUAUUGAAGAUGAAAUCGCCACUGCUCGACAAUAUUCACUAUUUGAUAGUCUUGCUCGUGAACAAAUGGAAGAUCUUGUACGACAGCAAAAUAGACAUAUACAAAAUGAUGAAUUAAUUGUUAAACUGCAAAAGAUUAUAAAUGAACUAGUCCAUCAUUUUCAAUCAAUAGUUAUUUUAAAUCCAGAACAAGACAACAACUACGACCUUAUCAAACAAUUCAAACAGAAAGCCAUAGACGCCAUCAUUCAAUCUGUUCAAUAUGAACGUUUUAUUAAACAUAUACCUUCUAAUUUAUUAUUACUACAUGGCCUACAUUCUGACCAAGAAGUAUUACCUUCAAUAAUACCAUGUUCAACGAAGUUAUUUAAAUUAGAAACAAAAACAUCCAUUGAACAAGAACCGCAAUUCGAAAGGAAUCAUUUUCAAACAGAUUUUAUUCAGCAGAUUUCAUCAUCAUUUGAUCCUAUCGACUCAAAAAUACAAAUUUUACAAACAGAAAUCAAUUUUCUAGAGAAAAAAUACUAUGAAUCUAUUGUUGUCGGUGAUUUUACUCGACAAUUAGCUGUUGAACAAGCUUUAGCAGUCAAAUUGCAAAUAAUGGAACCUCUUCAAGAAAAAUCUACAAAAAAAUCGCGUCAACAACAAAUUCAUCGAAAAAUCCAAGUCAAUCUUCGCCAGCAUCUACCUGAAAUACAACAAGAAGGUUCAUUAGUUCAGUCAUCAAAGGGAGAAAAGCAUCAUGAUGCUCAUAUUCAAAUCCUACCAAUAGCUCCACCAGAGGCUAUUAUUGAGGAACGAAAAAAUGUUUCAGAUCAAAUCACAAUUACACCUGCUGUCAGCAAACUACUACUACAGAUUGAUUCAAAAAAGCAAGCUAAUCUCUCGUUAGUAAUUUCUAAUGCAAAAGAACAAAAUGAACAACUGCAAAAGCAAACAUCGGACUUGGUAGAUACACAACUUCCACCAAAAAUUCCCAUGCCGAUGGAACAAGGCGUAACCAUUGAGCACGAUGAAGAAUAUAACACAGUUGAUGCUAUACAUAAAAUUCGUAUACCUAGUCAAAGUCGUUUCCAAUCAAAUUCUAUUGAAAACUUGAAUAGUUCUUUAUAUCCUAUCAACGUUGAUGCUUCACCGUCACCAUUAUUAACAGUAGUUGGAAAUGUUCAGAAGUAUUCAAUUACGGAGAAAAAAUCUAAAUAUCGACAAACUGCUACAUCAACACAACGACCUAUUGCUCAAACGCAACGACAAUAUGGAGAAGUCUAUGUUCGACAACGAUUUGUUGAUAUGAAUUCACCAGCAUCAAUAAUCGAUGAACAAAAAAAAAGAGCUGAUGAAAAAUUUCGUGAAAAAGUCAAACGAAAAACACGUCUAGUCACAUAUGAAAAAACAAAACAAGGCAAUACAGUUAUUCAUCAUCGAUUAGACUUGUCAAAACGUACAUUUCUUGUUCCACAACGAACAAUGUAUGAAGAAAAUCUUGAACCGAUACCGCCCCUAAUUCCUGUUCAACGUCCAACGAGCACUCUUAAAUUACAGUCUAAAACAUCGGAUAUCAAUACAAUAAGUCAUUUUAGUCAAAAAUCUGAAACCAAACAAUCUUUCUAUUCUACUGCUGCUAGUCUUUCUCCGAUUCAAGAGGAACCAGAAGAAACUGAAUCAUCAAAAGAAAUCUUACUCGAUAUUAUGAGUAAAGAUUUAUUGGUAAAUAAAUCAUCUGGAUUUUUAAAUUUUGAUAAUCAUGAAAAAAUACCUUCGAAAUUAUCAGAUAUCGUUCAAUCGGUUGAAGAAAUAACCCAAGCAUCUUCUUCUUCCUUCUCACCGAAGGAUUUGGAGCCAACAAUGAACAUCUCCGAAAUCAAAAUUUCAGCAAUAUCUCAGCAGACGAAGGAACAAAAAAUUCAUAAAAAGAAAUCUGCCAAGAGAAAACAUCAAUCUGUUGCUAUCAAACAAAUCGAAGAUGUUGAACCAGAAGAAAUUCUGCCUACCCAAACUUUCCAUAUCGAACUCGAGAGCCAGGAAACUGAACCAGUGCCUCCUGUUGUAUCUGAAGGAAAAGUUAUCUAUCAUAAAUUUGGCGAUGGUGGUAAACUAAAGAAGAAGAAGACGAAGAAAAAGUUAAAAACAACCAAACAAACAAAUACUAAAGAUAAUAGAAUAAAGAAGAAAAUCGAAAAAUUGCCCGAAGAAGAAUCGGUUAUAUUAACUCCACGUAAAGCAGUUCCAUUCAUUUCUGCUACGCCAGACGAACAAAUCGAUGUUGAAGAUUAUGUUACAAUAAAAUCGAAAAAGAAAAGACGAAAACAUUCAUCUAAAUCUCCUCGUAAACAAUCACGAUCUAAAUCAUCAAAAAAAAGUAAAUCAACAAGUCGAAGAAGAUUUAAGAUAGACGACAAGACAGAAAACAUUCCAAUUGAUUUAAAAUCUGUAAAAAAUAAAGAAACUAUUGCAAUGCAUUUACUCAAUGUAAAAAGAUUUACAGUUCCACCUUUAUCGGCUAUCAAUUUUGAUCAGACACGUCAUCAAUACAGUAAUACAAAUGAAAAGCUCCAUCGAACUCGCUUACAUCUAUUGAAACCUAUGAUAAAAAAUUUCGAUUUCGAUAAUAAUCAUCGUGAUCAUUUUCAUGAUAUUGAUGCAUAUGAUCUUGACAGGGAAUUAUUUGAUUUUAAUAACGAUACAAAAGAAAUCGAUCAACCAGCAAUGUUUUCAGAAUAUAUCCCGGAAUUUUUUCAAAAGCAAGCUGAAGAAAAACACAUUCGUCGCACUUCAUUAACAGCCAUUAGGAGAGAUGAACAUUUUAGUAAACGUCUAGCUCCAAGAGUGCCUCAAUUAUAUAAUGGAUGGCAACCCAGCGAUACAAUUUGUGCACAUACAGAUGAAUUUCGUCCGUUGAACAAAUAUAUGAUGUCAGAUAUAUCCUAUUACUUUGACGAUGAUUUCAUUGAUGAAUCAGGUUUAUUUAAAAAGCAAAACAAAUUAGAUAAAAUUGAAUCUCGAGUUAAACAAACAACGCAACGUUUUCGUGAUGAUUAUAUUGUUAAAGAAUUUUUCAAUUGUUGGAAAGAUUAUACCGUAGAACAAGCUCGUAUUCUUGAAUUAAGACGAAAACGCGUUACAAUUGAUUUUCGUGAAUUUUGGUUUCAAGACGCUCUUUCCGAUCCAUUCUAUUCUUAUUUUGAACAACCAUUGGAUUGUAUUAAAAAACAAGAUAAUCAUCAUCAAAUGGCAUAUCGUUUACACAAACGUCUUGUACGUACAGGCCGUGAACAACCCAAGGAAACUAUGAAUGGCGUAGAUCGUUCAUCAUUUUUACCUGUUCUUUUUAAUUUACCAAAAAAUAAUUUCGAUCGACAAGUAUCGCUUAGUCGACGUCGACAACUAAUUAAUUAUGAUGAUGAUGAUAAAAAUUAUCUUGUUCCUUUAUCAAAUUUAAUUACGCAUCAUGAUGAAAUUUUACCGUUAAUACGCGAACGUAUUCAGUUUAUUAAUCGAAGUAAAGCUCAUAUAAAUAUCCAUCGUGAUGAAUUAGCUAUCAAGCAAAUUUUACUGAAUAGUUCAUUACUACAACAAGGAACUAUGAAAGACUUGGAUACAUUAAUUACCGAUUAUUACGCAUCUAUCGUUGACCAACACGAUAAAAAAAGUUUACCAAAAUCAUUCAGUAGCAUUGUUAAAUUGCCCAUGUUAAAAUCAUCUCGUCAAGCAUUGACUAUUUCACACUAG